AGAUUGAAAAGAAAGAUUUGAAAGAAAGAGAAAUCACCUUGAGACAAUCGACUUGUUUAAUGUUCUAAUGUGUUUAAUCUUUUGUUGUCUUUAUCAAUUGACUACAUUCAGUUCAAUCCUUGGACAAUUAAUAUCAUGUCAACACCAUUAAAAUUAGUUGCCACUCCGUUUAAUCGUUUGCUAUCCUUUUUACAACCGAGUUGAUCAUUCUCUUUACUGGACAUAUUUUCAAUGCUGUUUUUAUCAACAAUGUUUCAGUUUUUGUUUGUGAAGAUUUUUCAUGUGUGAUUUUAUAGAUAUUAAUUAUUGCUAGUUGUUUUGUAUCAGAGGAUGUAUUGCGGUGUCAAAUCAACGAAGAAUCCAGUUGCAAGUUUAUCAAAUGGUAACUCCGAUCAUAUGGGAACUAAAGUUUUACUCGUAAUACGCGCAUUGAAAUGAUUUGUGAUUUCACCGAGACUAUCAUUGUCUUUUGGAUAUGACCAAAGAUUAUCAAUUAUUCAACUAAACUCUUAAUAAUGCUGAAUUGUUGUGUCAUCUAUUAAUAAUAAUAUCUAUCAAUUAUCAUGAUUGCAUUGCGAGUUUGUCUCAAGUUAUCUAUUAUUACGACCAUUCUUUGGGUAUCUUUUGCAUCAAUAACUAAUAGUCUUAAGAAUGAGACAUCUCCAUUAAAACCACAACAUCCAUCACCUUCGAUAACUUCACCAUUGAAUAACCAUUUUGAUGACUUACCAGAACUAAUUUUGCCAAACAGUAGUCCUGCUGAAAUUUUCAAUCUAACCGCGGAAGAAAACAAAUAUCAUGAGACUGUUGAUGAUGAGUUUAUGUCAGAUCCGUUAUCGUUUAGUGGUAAACAUUAUACUCGAUUUGGUGGAGCUCCAGUCCACGAGAAGAUCAAUAUUCUAACUGCUGGUAAAAAGGGUCCUCUUCUUAUGGAAGAUAUUACCUUUUUUGAAGAAAUCAAUCAUUUUACUCGAGAACGAAUACCAGAAAGAGUUGUCCAUGCCAAAGGAGCGGGGGCAUUUGGCUAUUUUGAAGUGACCAAUCCACAUGUAACUGCUUUCACUAAAGCUUCUUUCCUUUCCAAGUUUGGUAAAAGGACUAAGGUUGCUGUAAGAUUUUCAACUGUUGCUGGAAGUAAAGGAUCAUCUGAUACUGUUCGUGAUCCUAGAGGAUUUGCUGUUAAACUAUACACUGAUGAAGGAAAUUUUGAUCUAAUGAUGUUAAACUUUCCAGUCUUUUUUGUAAGAGAUCCAUUACGAUUUCUUAAUCUCAUUCACAGUCAAAAGAAAGAUCCACAAUCAAACCUAAUCAAUUUCGACUAUUUUUGGGAUUAUAUUUCCCUUUUACCUGAAACUCUACAUGCAACUUCGUAUCUAUUUACUGAUCUUGGUACACCAGAUGGAUAUCGACAUAUGCAUGGAUUUAGUUUAAACACUUUUAAAUUGGUUAAUCAAUAUGAUAAAGUUGUCUUUGGAAGAUGGCAUGUUCUAACUAAUCAAGGAAUUCGUAAUCUAACCAAUGACGUAGCUACUAAAUUGGCAGGAUCUAAUCCUGAUUAUGCCACUGAAGAUUUAUUCAAAGCAAUUCUUGCUGGUAGUUAUCCUUCCUGGAAAGUUUGUAUCCAAGUUAUGACUCAAAAGCAAGCUCAUAAAUGGAAACAUAGUCCUUUUGAUCCUACAAAAUUAUGGCCAUUAAAACAUUUCCCUCUCAUCGAAGCUGGUAAAUUGGUAUUAACACAUAACCCAAAGAAUUUUUUUGCUGAUAUUGAACAAUUAGCUUUCAAUCCAGCCAAUCUUGUUCCUGGAAUUGAACCAUCAACAGAAAAGGUUCUCCAAGGAAGAUUAGUUGCUUACCAAGAAGCUCAAAGUUACAGACUUGGAACCAAUUUUUUUAAAAUUCCUGUUAAUAAACCUUCAGUUGAUUCUGUUUAUCCAAAUAUCCGAGAUGGUGGUUACUGUUAUGAUGAUAAUGGAGGCAAAGGACCCAAUUACUUUCCAAAUUCAUUUGAUUUCAAGAAGGAAGCUGAAACAGAAAAACCAAGUAAAUGGAAACUACCAUCUUAUGUUGAAGUCAAAAGAUAUGAUUCUACUCAUGAUGAUAACUAUUCUCAGGUUACAAAAUUCUGGGAAGCAUUAGCACCAAAAGAUCGGGAUCACUUGAUUUACAAUUUAAGUACUCACUUGAGACAUGCUAAAAAAUUUAUUCAAGAAAGAUUCUUACAUCACGUGAAAACAGCUCAUCCAGAGUAUGGCCAUCGUUUGCAAGAAGCACUUGACUUUUUCGCGGGUAAAUAAGCUAAAUAAAGAAGGAUGCUUAAAAGCUUAGUUCUGAUUCCAACCAUUAUUGAUCUGUGAAAUUGGAUUAAUUUACACACUAUUAAGCCUGUUAAUGCAUCUAAAUUUCCGACCGAUGUUCACCAUCCAUUGAUUAUGGGUCUAAAUUGAGGAUUAGUGUUGCCGCUGUUUGCAUACUCUUUGACGUUUCGACUUGAAAGACUACACAAUUGGAUUAAUCAAGAAAAUCACAUUGGAAAGAAUUUAAAGAAAGCUUAUUUUUCUUGGACUAAAAAAGCUUAAAUAUUAAUACAUUGUUAAUUACCAAAAGUUUAAACAAAUGCCAUUUUCCAGCUAUCUAAAGCCUUACGUAAAUUCCUUUGUUCACCAAAUUGAUCGGUAAUGCAUCUAGAAUUUCCUGAUUGGUUAUGGUUUCCUGUUAAAAUUAAUUGUGCGUUAAUCUUACAAGCAUCUAACCAACCAUUAAUUAACCGAUUACAUAUAAUUUUUAAACCUUGAAAACACCUAAUGUCGAUCAUAUGUCAGCAAAAAUUGUCACAGUUUUUAAAAAAGAUGUUACUUUAACAAAAAAGUGCUACUACUCUUCAUGCUCAUUCUUCUGCUAUUUUCGCCAUCAUCAUCCUAAUCAACACAUCAUCAACCCAGUUAUUACUUGUUUACCGACAUAAAUCCACAGUGUUGUAGUUAAUCAAUUAACACUGUAAUCAACAAAACAUUGUAAAUUAAUUGUUAUUGGUUUAUAACUUGUGAAAUUAUUUUCUCUUUCGUCUUGUUGAUAACAAUAUAUUGACGAAAAAUGUUCUUGCUGCUUUAAAAAUCUUCGAUUCUAAUAUUGUCCAUCCUGGCCUGACAACUCAUAACAUCAAGCGUAUUCGCUGAUAGCUCAACAAACUUGUUAACAAACAGUUUCUCUUCCCUCUUCCCUUUCUCUAUUUCUCUCUUUCCCUCUCCACUUUGACCAUAUGUAAGCUUUCUUCCUAGCAGUGACAAUGGUGCAUGUGCAUUUAACUUUAACAUUGCCUACCUUUAGGGUCUCUUGUUUAUCACCGAGUUAAGGGUCAUU